AUGGACAGAGGUGAUGGACGCACCAAGUACUUGCUGCGUGGUGAGGGGGCGGGGUCGGUGUUUGUGAUUGACGAGAAGACGGGCAACAUCCAUGUCACCAAACCCCUGGACCGUGAGGAGAAGGACGAGUACCGCCUCAUCGCCACAGCAACCGACUGGCAGACCGACCGGGCCCUGGAGCCCUCGUCCACAUUCAUCAUCAGAGUACAGGACAUCAACGACAACCCCCCUCUGUUUGAGGAAGAGCCCUACAGCGCCACCGUGCCUGAGAUGGCCAACAUAGGUACUGAAGCCGGGGAGCCGUUGUCUGUUUUAUCUGCUACUGCCUGCUUCCAUUUUAUUAAUCCUUUCAUCCAUUUUGAUGUGUGCUUGCUUUCAAAACUCGGUCCCAGAUUUAGUUGUUUAGUCAAUCAUGGCUUCAAUAUUUACCUGGGAUGAAAUAUUUACCAAGGUCUUUUCAAAAUGUACGGUGGGUUGCUGUGAGACUAGCAGAUAGCGGAGCCAUGAGAGUCUUAUCAAAGAGCUGUUACAUAAAACUGGUAAUAUCUUCCACCAUCAAUGCCACAGUGGUAAUAAGAUAAUGAUAGUAGUCACAAUAACACAACGUCAGCCUGUCGAAGACAUUGGUUGAGAUAUCUUUCAUCAUCUCACUUUCACUAUGAUUUCAGAUUGAGUUUGCUUCCCUUGAUUGCCCUAAACAACUUGUGUGAUGUGAAUUUCAUCCCCACGGUUAGUUUUAAGUGGAUACUAGGAUAUGAUUUCUACAGCUACUAUAGCCUUACAGUAUUUCACAUGGAAAGAAAUCACUAUGGUAUUCACCCAGAGUAUGAAUGUCUCAGUGCCAGUCAGUGUGAAUAGACUUCUGCUCCAUUCACUGGUAAUACAUCUCAGUCUGAAUGUAUGAUCAUUCCAAAUUGUGACUGUGCUUUAGCACCAAGACAGACUGUAUAUCAAUAGAUUUGUUGCGUCAACCCUAGUCAACCUUGUUUGAUCUGUCUUUCUGAUCAUUAUUUUACUGCUGCGUGCAUCAAAACAUUUGCUCCUGUCACUCUCCCUUUCUCUCUCCAUCUUCCAUGUGCCUUGUUUUUGUUUUUUUUACACAUAUUUAACCCCUUAUUUUUGUUGGGACAAAACUAUCUCCAUACUUCCAUUCAUUUGUAAGGGUUACCUUCAGACGAGUCCCGUGACACUUGUGGGGGUCAUAGAGAAAAACGGAGAACACCAUUGUGUUCGUGAGAGUCUCCCCUUUCUAUAGCGGGGUCAUAUUAGUUAUAGCUAAAAAAACGCUACAGACGUUUUAGUGAGAAGACCGAUUUUCAGGAUGUCUCAUGGUCUGACAAACACCACUGUAGCUCGGCCACCUUCCAUCGCAGAUGGAUAUCUCUAGCUUAAACUGACAGAUUUUUAUGGAGAUUUCUUUAUUAUGUUACAUAGACUGAUGCACAGGUGCAUCACUAGGCUCUUUUAAAUACCUGUGAUAGAUCAGUAAUCAGACCCAGUCUCUCUCUCACUCGUCUCUCUCUCCCUCCCUCCCUCCUUCCUCCCUCUCUCCCUCCCUCCCUUGCUCUCUCUCCCGGUGACACUGUUGGGGCUUUGAUGUCAGAAAACAGCAACAGCUGCUCCCACAAAUCCCCUCUUCCCUCUGAGCUUGUCAGCCCAGUGCCCAAUGGGAAACAUAGUUCUUUUUUCCAAACUAUAUAUAUAUAUUUUUGCUACGAUUUCAAUAUCACACAUAAAGCUGACGGUCUUUGAUUUAUUUGGUGGGAAAAGGUGUCCAUAUUUGUCAGGAGAGGCAGGGAUUCAUGACAUGAGGGAGUCAGGGGGGAGACAAAGGGGGGCAACCGAUAGACAGAGAGAUUGAGAGAGGGAGCCAAAGGGGAUUGUGACAGAGAUGCAGAGAAAUGAAGUGAGACAGACAGAAUGGAGAGAGAAAGAAGGUGAGCAGCAGGGGAGAAGGAAAGUGAAUAAAGUAUUUGUUACACUGCUGCCGAAAGAGAGAGAAUGGGGUGAGAGAGAGAGAGAGAGAGUGGGGUGAGAGAGAGAGAGAGGGUGAGAGAAAGGGAGAGAGAGAGAGAGAGAGAGAGAGAGAGAGAGAGAGAGAGAGAGAGAGAGAGAGAGAGAGAGAGAGAGAGAGAGAGAGAGAGAGAGAGAGAGGUGGGGGUUGUCAGAUAGCCAGUCAAUCAGUCAGCCAGUGUGUAUUUGGCUCUCUGGAGUUAAUGUACUGCUGUGUCCAGUCAGUGUUUGUGUGUGUGGUAUGCUGUUUUAACACUCCUCUGCUCUCUCCCCUCCUCCUUCAGGUACUUCUAUAAUUCAGGUGACAGCGACAGAUGCUGACGACCCAACCUAUGGGAACAGUGCCAGGCUGGUGUACACACUGGUGCAGGGAAAGCAGUUCUUCUCUGUGGACCCACAGACAGGUGAGUGCCUCUUGUUCUCCACUUAGUGUGCAUGCACUCCCUCCCUCUCGACUCCCUCCCUCUGUACUCCCUCCCUCCCCUCUGCUCCCUCCCUCCCUCUGUACUCCCUCCCUCUCCAGCCAACCAUUUUCUCCCUCUACAAGUAUCUUUGCAGUGUGUAUCCCCACAGCUCUUUCUUUCUCUCCCUCAUCUAUCCCCAUCCCUCCUUCAAUCCCUCUCUCAGUCCCUCACACUCUCUGUCAGGCUUGCCCAUUCCUCUCUAUUUACCCCCUCCCCAUAUUCCCUUCUCUCACCUCCCUCCCUCUUUUCCCCUAUUCCCUCUCUCUGUGUCCCCUCCUGCACCCUCUCAGUUAAUCCAGUUCAAGAUGGCAGAAAUGUAUUCAGACUGCCAGAGUCUAUGUGCAUCCAACAAACUGCAGUAACCGCCUUAAAUUAUAUUUUUUGAAGGAGGAAAAACAAAAAGAUGUCUGAUCAAAGGGAGAUGUCAGAAAAGGUUUGGGAACUAUUAAAGGAAGAGAUUAAAAAGGCUCAAAGGACCUGUCUCUUCACUAAAAUCUACUGUGUGUUUUGGGGGGCUUUGGUGUCAACCCAGGGUCCCCGAGGCAGAUGGGAAAGUCUUCUGCACACUGCCUGAGAGGAAACCAUGGGCAUUUCAAACAUCACAUUUAGUCCUCUGUUGCCUCACUACGUGAUUGACAGCCUGCAAGCUAGUAAACACUGCAUUUUUAUACCUUAUGUUUACUGUACGAGUGUGUCGCCUAGUUAGGCAUUUUGAAGUCUGUUUGCUGAGUGAGUGCGUGUCGGCGUGUGUGUGUACUAGUUGGGUUUAUUCUAUUUGUCGACAAGGGGAUAUUAUAGGUAGACAUCGUCUGCUAUGCCAUUAUUGAAUUGUAAUGCAAUUUAAUUAAUUGUUGGAGGGACCUUUGGUAUGAGUGAAGAGGGUUCUGCUGGUGGGUCUUUGCAUGCUAAUUGGGUAUAUUAUCCUAAUUCUGCCCAGCGUAUGUUAACUAAAGCGCUCAUCCAUUGGCAGGGUUUGCAUGUAGAGCCGGUCCACUCUGUCCUCUCUCUUCAUUUCAGAAGGUCUCAUUCUGCACACACACACACACACACACACACACACACACACACACACACACACACACACACACACACACACACACACACACACACACACACACACCACACACACACACACACAUCCCAGAGCCACAUCACAUUUGCUCAGAUAUUUAUGCUGGUUGCUUGUUAACUCCCUACAUAUACCCCAUCAAAGCCUCAUAUUUUCACUAGCUUUACAAGAGCAUCCAUUAUUUCAAGGUGAUUUAGCUACCUUGGCUGCCAGUCUCCUGGUUUGGCUGGGUUUGGUGAGCACAGCUAGAGGCAGCCUCUGUAUGUGAAGCAGAAUCAGGUCAUUCUGCAUAGUGGAAAUGAUGGAUCUUGAACUAUGUCUUUGUCUUUGGUGUGUGUGUUUUUCCAAGGUAUCCUGCGUACAGCAGUGCCUGAUAUGGACAGGGAAACCCAGGACCAAUACCUGGUUGUCCUGCAGGCCAAGGACAUGGGGGGCCAUCUGGGAGGUCUCUCAGGGACCACUACUGUCACCGUCAGGCUGAGUGACGUCAAUGACAACCCUCCUCUCUUCACCCAGAGUGAGUGACACACACACACACAUAUCACAUGCACACAUGCUCACACACCCCCACAAAUAUAUGUAUGAAAAUGUAUGCACUCACUAACUGUAAAGUCGCUCUGGAUAAGAGCGCUGCUAAACGACUAAAAUGUAAAAUGUAAAUACACCCACAAAUACACCCACACACACGAGCACACACGAGCACACACAAGCACACACGAGCACACACAAGCACACACGAGCACACACACACACACACACACACACACACACACACACACACACACACACACACACACACACACACACACACACACACACACACACACACACACACACACACACACACACACACACACAUUCCCACACACACUCUAACAGGUAUACUUCACCCAUCAAUCGCUCUGAGCUAGAAACCCAAUUUGCCAACCUGGGGGCAGUUCUGGUGUCAAUGUGCAGGGUUCUAUACAGACCACAUGUACACUCAGGCUCCUUUGAAGCAUCCUAGGAGAGGGGGAGAGGGGGAGAGGAGGAGAGAAGAGGGGAGAGGAGGAGAGAGGGGGGGAGGGGAGGAGAGAGGGGGGGAGGGGAGGAGAGAGGAGGGGAGAGGAGGGGAGAGGGGAGAGGAGGGGAGAGGAGAGGAGAGAGGAGGAGAGAGGAGAGGAGGGUAGAGGAGAGAGGAGAGGAGAGAGGGGAGAUGAGGGGAGAGGAGGAGAGGGGAGAUGA